ACACCUAUGUUGCGAACAGAUGUGGCAGACGAGCAAAAUCAUUUCAAACAUUCAUCGCUCAAUUCUCUGACUCUUGACCGGACUAGAUGAGUUGCAGAGCCGCUGCGAGCGUCUUUUUUAUCCUUUCUUGUCGAGCCGACUCCCCCUACCUCCUCCUCCGCUUGCAGAACUGUAUAAAGAACAAAACUCGGGCUGGUGAGGGGGGUUGAUCCGCCGAAGCUGAAAUCGAGAGGCGAACCCAGGAAAGAGGAGUAUUUUGUACACGGGACUUUCCCCCCCUUCGUCCCUAAAAAGGAGGGGGAAAUGUCAUAUUUUUAAAAGCGAUAUUUUUUAAAUUCGAGGAUUACAAAUAGGCUUAGGCGCCUAUCUCCGAGGAUAUAUAUUUUAAUUCGUUAAAAAAUAUGGCCGAGAAGGUUCUGGAGUCUGGCCCGCCUUCAGCCAAGAGGCCUAAACGAUCCUCCCCGGCGCUAUCUGCUUCGGCCAGCGAUGGAAACGAUUUUGGCUCGCUUUUUGACCUGGAGCAUGACCUUCCAGAUGAGCUGAUAAGUUCCUCUGAGCUGAGUCUAGCAAAUGGAGGGGACCUCGGCCAGUUGCAUGGCAAUUUGGGCGGUGGGGGCGGUGCCAUUGGAGGAAUUGUGUCCAGUGGCCAGGAUGCAGCGGCCAAACACAAGCAGCUCUCAGAACUCCUCCGGCAUGGAUCUGCAUCUGCAGCACAGCAGCAGGGUGCGAUGGGUAGCCCAGCAGGAGCCUCAAUGGGGGUAUUUGGGAGUAUGAAGGCUUCUCCAGGUACUCAGGGCAUGGGCCCGCAAGGACAGCAGCAUCUUUCCCCGCAGCAGGCCAUGCUUAUGCAACAACAGCAGAUGGCAGGGAUGGUGGGCAACAUGAACAGGAAUAUGCCCGGACUUCAGAAAGGCAACGGACAGCAACAGCCAGGAGGACCCAUGCCUCAGCAGCAAAACAUGCUGGGAGCGCAGAUGUUGAAUGGAUCGCCCAGAAUAGGACAUCACAACCCAGGCAUGGGCAGCAGCAGUAACUUGUUAGCAGAGGCUCUUCAACAGCAGCAGACAGUAGGAGGUCAGGGUGGACUGAGGGCACAGCAGCCUGGAGCAAUGAACAAGAUGGGGAUGAAUGCAGGUUCAGGCCCCUAUGGAGGUCCGUAUGGUCAGCCUGCCAGUCAGGGUCUGGGUGUUGCAGGGCUGGCCUCUCAGCUCCAGAACAAACCAGGUCUCCCCAACAGUCCGGCCCAGUUUAACCUCGACAAGAAGCCUGUGCAGGGCUUACCUGGCAUGCAGGCUUCCCAGCCUUCCCCAGCAGGUGUUGCCGGAGGCGCAGGAGUAGCCGGCAUGGUGCCUAACGCCCAAGGAGCUCUCGGGCCCGGAUCCGCUCCAUCAGCCAUGUCUGCAACAGCGGUGGGAGGAGUUCCUCCAGCAGCCGACCCAGAAAAGCGCAAACUCAUACAGCAGCAGCUGGUGCUUUUGCUCCAUGCCCACAAGUGCCAGCGGAGGGAGCAGGCCAAUGGGGAAGUACGGCAGUGUAGCCUGCCCCAUUGUCGCACCAUGAAGAACGUCCUCAACCACAUGACGCACUGCCAGGCUGGCAAAUCUUGCCAAGUGGCGCACUGUGCCUCAUCCAGACAGAUCAUCUCUCACUGGAAGAACUGCACGCGGCAUGACUGUCCUGUAUGUCUACCACUGAAAAACGCAGGGGACAAGAGGAAUCAACAGAGUGAGUCUCUCCUAGGUACUGGGGGUGUGGGAUUGAGUUCUUCUUUGGGUAAUGUAACUGGUGGUCCACCCAGUGCCCCCCAUCUCAGUACCCCAGGGCAGAUAGACCCCAGCUCCAUCGAGAGGGCUUAUGCAGCACUGGGCCUUACAUACCAGGGAAAUCAGGCUUCCCCUCAGCCUGUCCAACAAACACAACGGGCAAUAAACACAAUGGGAGCAAAUUCCAUGGGAGUAAAUGGAGCACUGGGUGGUCAGUCUCAGAAUCAGCAAGCUAGCCUUCUCCAGGAUACAAUGUUGCAUCUGAACAUGAGCGUGCAGAGUCUGAUGAAUGACAAUGCUGUGGGCGGAGUGGGGUCUAUGCCUGUGGCCAACCCAGCUGCCAGUGGUGUUAUGAGGAAGAGCUGGCACGAGGACAUCACCCAGGAUCUACGCAGCCACCUGGUGCACAAACUAGUCCAGGCCAUUUUUCCCACUCCAGACCCAGCUGCACUGAAGGACCGGCGGAUGGAGAAUCUAGUGGCCUAUGCGCGUAAAGUUGAGGGGGAUAUGUAUGAGUCCGCUAACAGCAGGGCGGAGUAUUAUCACCUGCUGGCAGAGAAGAUUUAUAAGAUCCAGAAGGAACUGGAAGAGAAGCGAAGGACACGGUUACAGAAGCAGGGCAUGAUGCCUACUCAGCCUGGUAUGCCCCCCACUGGGAUUGGUCAGACAGGGCCACCCACAGGAUUGCCUCCUAAUGGCCCUCUCUCGGAUCCUUCAGUGGUGCGGCCUACUGGUCCAAACCAGAUGAUGAACAGGAUGCAGAAUGCUGCUGGCAUGAAUCCCUUUGGGGACCACAUUGGAAUGCAGUCCAUGGGCCAGAGAUCUACACCUCCUCUUCCACUCAGCACACCUCUUAACCAGGGAAGCAUGGGCAGUGUGAGGAUGCCACAGCCAAAUGUUGCACAGAUGCAAAAUCAGUACAUGCAAACUGGACAGUUUCAAGGUUCAAAUCCUGCUCUUGGUGCUGGAUCUGUUGACAUGGCACACCCAGGAAAUGACAGCACUGUUACUGAACAGGGGCAAAUGCCUUCUUUAUCAUCUUUACCAAUCGGCAGUCCUUUAGCCCAGCCUGGGUCUGCUGGAGGGGCAGGCAGCGGGUCUUCAGUGGGCUCUCUGGGUCCCAACAGCAUGAGUGGGGUCCCUCCAUCGUCCACCCCAACACAGUCCAUCAACCACUGCCCACUCUUCCACCAGAAUUCUCCUUCCCCAGCUCAUAGCCGCACACCCACGCCCACGCCGGGCUCCCAGACACCCCAGCCUCACACACCCGGCCUACCCCAGUUAGCAUCGAGCGGCAGUAAGCAGCAGUUACCUCUUUCCGCCAGUUCUGACAGUGCCAUGCAGCAUAAGCAGCAGCCAUUGGGAGGAACUUCUCCUGCUGUGUCUCACAGUGGCCUCUCUACGCCAAAUGCCAGCCAGCACCCUCGCACUCCAUUGUCUCAUAAGGGUUCUCUACCAGUGGAUGGCCAGGCUGCUACCCCUGCCUCCGUCAGCAGUGCGGACACAUCAUUUCAACAGGGUCUUUCAGACUCCGCAAACACCCUUGAGCCUAAGGUGGAGGUCAAGCAGAAACUAGAUGAGGAUGAUGAGGAUGAUGAUGAUGAUGAAGAUGAUGAUGAUGAAGGCAUGACAGGUGGAAAAACAGGCAAACGAGAAGACCUUCAAGCUGAGGAAAAGCCUGAGAUAAAGAAAGAAGAGCAGAGCGACGGUGUGCCAAUGGAGACUUCUUCAGCUGCAGCUGGGGGGGACAAAAAGCCAGACAUAAAGACUGAGCCUAAAGAAGAGGAGGACGGUUCAGGGUCUACAGCAUCACACAGUUCACCUUCUGGAGUCCCUAACAAAAAGAAAAUUUUUAAACCAGAGGAGCUGAGGCAGGCCCUGAUGCCCACACUGGAGUCUCUUUACCGCCAGGACCCAGAGUCUCUGCCCUUCCGCCAGCCUGUGGACCCUUCACUACUGGGAAUACCAGACUAUUUUGACAUUGUGAAGAAUCCCAUGGACUUGUCUACUAUCAAACGGAAGCUUGACACGGGCCAGUACCAAGAACCGUGGCAAUACGUGGAUGACAUCUGGCUCAUGUUCAACAACGCCUGGCUGUACAAUCGCAAGACGUCACGAGUCUACAAGUACUGCUCUAAGCUGGCGGAGGGAUUUGAGCAGGAGAUUGACCCGGUCAUGCAGAGCCUUGGCUACUGUUGUGGGAGAAAGUAUGAGUUUUCUCCCCAAACUCUGUGCUGCUAUGGGAAGCAGCUAUGCACUAUACCACGAGAUGCUGCUUACUUUAGUUAUCAGAACAGUUCACCAAAAUAUGGGCUUCUUGCUGGCAGGUAUCACUUCUGUGAGAAGUGUUUCAAUGAGAUCCAGGGUGAGAGUGUGUCCUUGGGAGAUGACCCAUCCCAACCUCAAACAUCGAUCAACAAGGAUCAGUUUGAAAGGAAGAAAAAUGACAUGCUCGACCCUGAGCUAUUUGUGGAAUGUAUGGAUUGUAGUCGUAAAAUGCAUCAGAUCUGUGUUUUGCACCAUGACACUAUAUGGCCAUCAGGCUUUGUGUGUGAUGGCUGUUUGAAGAAGUCCAACAAGACCCGUAAAGAGAACAAAUAUGCUGCUAAAAGGCUUCCACAGACCAAACUAGGCAACUAUUUGGAAAUGCGGCUUAAUGACUUUCUGAAGCGACAGAAUCACCCAGAAUCUGGUGAAGUCACUAUUCGUGUUGUUCACGUCUCAGACAAAGUGGUGGAAGUCAAACCAGGAAUGAAGUCUAGGUUUGUGGAUAGUGGAGAGAUGGCAGAGUCUUUCCCAUACAGAACGAAAGCUUUAUUUGCGUUUGAGGAGGUGGAUGGUGUUGAUGUUUGUUUUUUUGGGAUGCACGUGCAAGAGUAUGGCUCAGAUUGUCCACCCCCUAAUCAAAGACGGGUUUACAUAUCCUACCUGGACAGUGUCCACUUCUUUCAGCCACGUUAUCUGAGAACAAGUGUGUACUAUGAGAUUAUUUUAGGAUAUCUGGACUAUGCCAAAAAACAAGGGUUUACCAUUGGACACAUCUGGGCCUGCCCUCCUAGUGAAGGAGAUGAUUACAUCUUCCACUGUCACCCUCCAGACCAGAAGAUACCCAAGCCGAAGCGGCUGCAGGAGUGGUAUAAGAAAAUGCUGGAUAAAUCUGUAGCUGAGCGCAUCGUGCAUGACUACAAGGACAUCUUCAAACAAGCAACAGAAGAUCGCCUCACCAGCGCCAAAGAACUGCCCUAUUUUGAGGGUGAUUUCUGGCCCAAUGUGCUUGAAGAGAGUAUCAAAGAGCUAGAGCAAGAAGAGGAGGAAAGGAAGAGGGAGGAGAACAGCACAUCCAAUGAGAGUGUUGAUACAACAAAAGGUGACAGCAAAAAUGCCAAGAAAAAGAACAACAAGAAGACGAGUAAGAACAAGAGCAGCUUAAGCCGAGCCAACAAAAAGAAGCCAGGCAUGCCAAAUGUGUCCAAUGACCUUUCACAGAAACUCUAUGCCACAAUGGAAAAGCACAAAGAGGUGUUCUUUGUUAUCCGAUUGAUUGCGACACCCAAUUCCAAUUCUCUCCUGCCCAUUGUUGACCCAGAUCCUUUGAUGGCAUGUGAUUUGAUGGAUGGUCGUGAUGCCUUCUUAACACUUGCACGGGAUAAGCACCUGGAGUUUUCUUCAUUGCGGCGCUCCAAAUGGAGCACCAUGUGCAUGUUGGUGGAACUGCAUAACCAGAGCCAGGACCGCUUUGUCUAUACCUGCAAUGAGUGCAAGCACCAUGUUGAAACUCGUUUCCAUUGCACUGUUUGUGAGGACUAUGAUCUCUGCAUCACUUGCUACAAUACAAAAGGUCACAAGCACAAGAUGGAAAAACUGGGCUUGGGGUUGGAUGACGAAAGCGGCAACCAGGCUCCUUCUUCAAUGCAGAAUCCUGGAGAUUCAAGGCGUCUCAGUAUUCAGCGGUGCAUCCAGUCUCUGGUGCAUGCCUGCCAGUGCCGCAAUGCUAACUGCUCACUUCCAUCUUGUCAGAAAAUGAAACGUGUAAUUCAACAUACCAAAGGCUGCAAGCGUAAAACCAAUGGUGGUUGUCCUAUUUGCAAGCAGCUCAUCGCACUCUGUUGUUACCAUGCAAAACACUGCCAAGAGAAUAAGUGCCCUGUGCCAUUCUGCCUCAACAUCAAGCAGAAACUGCGGCAACAACAGCUCCAGCACAGGCUACAGCAGGCUCAGAUGGUGCGUAGAAGAAUGGCCAGCAUGCAAAGGACAGGCCAGCAGCUUCCAGGAGGCAAUGGUGGGCUGCCAUCUCCUGGGAGCAAUAGUACUACUGGCCCGAGCACACCAACACCAAGCACUCAGCCCCCUACCCCACAGACGCCCACUCAGCAGUGUCAGCCUCCAGUGACUCAACCUGGCAUUGGAGGUGUUCCAUCACAACAGCAACAACAGUUGGCAGGGAUGGCCCAUCAAUACCAGCAAAUGACUGGAAAUGGUGGGAUGAUCAACUCCCCGCAGAAGCCCCUGAUCCCACAACAGCAGCAACAGCCAACAUCAGUUCAACAUCUUCAGCAUGCCAACAACCUUCCUCCAUAUGUGCAAAGACCUCCAGGCUCCUCUCCACUUCCUCAGUCAUUGGGAAAGCCAGGCAUGGUGCCAGGAGGCUUCCCUCAACAGCAACAGUCAAACCUAGGGCAGCCUGUGAUGCACCAACAUCAGCAACCUGGCCCCCCACCUGCGGCUGUAGAAAUUGCCAUGAAGAUCCAACGAGUCGCAGAGACUCAACGGCAAAUGGCUCAGCAAAAGAUACUGCAAAGAAACCAGGGUCCUGGAAUGAUGCCUCCACACGGCCAUCAUCAGGGUCCCCAAACUCAAAGCCAGAUGGGCAUGAACCAUCCAGGAGCUGCAAUGGGUGGGCCUCAGGCAAUGCCACCCCAGACACAAGCAGCAGUUGCUCGAACUCACAUGGAUCAGCAGCAGGGAAUGAUUACAGUAGGCAUGCAGCAGCAGACAGGACCUCAGGCUCAGCUCCCUCAAGUCCAGUUACACCAAGGCCAGCAAGGAGCACCCCAACUUCAGGUGCCACCACAGCAGCAGUGGAAUGGUCCCGUUAUGCCCCAGCAGAGACCUGGGGUUAUGAACCAAAUGGGUCUGCAAGGAAUGGUUGCACCUCAACAACAGCAGCAGCAGCAGCAGACAGUUGGUCAGCAGCAGCAGCCAGGGCAUUCUGGUUUAAUGGGUAUGAUGGGCCAAGGAGGAGUGGCACCUGUAGGUACUGGCCUUGGAAAUCACCCUCAGGCUGCCAUACAGGACCUCCUAAGAACCUUAAGGUUACCUAGCUCUCCCCAUCAACAACAGCAAGUCCUGAAUAUACUACGUUCGAACCCUCAGCUCAUGGCAACCUUUAUCAGGCAGCGGGUUCCUAGAUACCUUGGUAGAGGUGGGCCUGGAGCAGGAGGUGCUGGUGUACCAGGAGGACCUGGUGGAGGUCCAGGAAUCAUUGAUGGCCAGCAAAUGAAUGUAAAUUCUGGGACAAAUCAAGGAGGUAUGCAUAUGGCACAAGGAACUACCAUACCAAUGAAUCAGCUUCAGCAACAACAGCAGCAACUUCAACAGCGGUCAAUAAUGGGUGGAAAUUUGCAACAACAGCAAAUAGCAGCACUGCAGCAACAACAGCAGCAGCAAGGUGUUAUACCCAAUCAGGGUACCAACAUGUCUAACAUCUCCCCCCAGUUCAGAGAAAUGAUGAGGCGGCAUUUGCAGCAACAGCAACAGCAACAAAUGGAAAACCAUGCUCAGUUCCAGCAUCCUCAACAACACCAGCAGCAGGGUUAUCUUGGGCAAUCUGGACUGCCCCCACAGCAGCCUGGCCAACCUCAGCCUGGUGGUCUCCAGCAGCAACAGGGAGUUCCCCAGCAAAACUACUCUGGGUCUAUGUCCCAUCAGCAGGUUGCAGCAGCUCUGCAACAAAAGUUGCAACACCAGCAACUUCAGAUGCAGCAGCAGCAGCAACAACAACAACAACAACAACAACAACAGCAGCAGCAGCAGCAGGGUGCUCUGGCAGGACUCCAGGGUGCUGAUGGAGGUCCUGGAGGUGGUGGUCCACUCCAGCAGCAACACAUGCAGUCGGCUCCAAUUGGUUCCCAAUCUCAAGUCAUGCUUCAGCAAGCUCUGCAGCAACGGCUCCUCCAGCAGCAACAGUCACAACUAGGAGGAAGAUCUCCUGUUCAACACAAUCCCAUGGGCCCUCAGCAGCCCCAGCAACAGAUGUCCCAGUCUCCCCAUUUGCAGGGCCAGCAGUUGUCCAAUUCCCUAAGCAACCAAGUCCGCUCACCCCAGCCUUCGCCUCGGCCUCAGUCCCAGCCACCAAACUCUAGUCCAUCUCCUCGCUUGCAGCCCCAGCCUUCACCCCAUCGCAUCUCACCGCAGACCCAGACGGGUUCCCCUCACCCAGGUCAUCUCCCUCAGCAUCAUGGAGGCAUGGUUGCACCCCCACCUCCACAGCAACAACUGCAGGCAUCCCAACAGCAGCAACAGGCUAAUGCGAUGGACCAGGGCACCAUGCUUUCACAGCUAGGUGGGAUGGGAGCCUUGCAUGGGCAAGGGACAAAUGACAUGCUGACAAAUAACCAAGAUAUGGGGUCGAAUAUGAAUCCCUCGUUAGAUUUGAUGUAAUGUUGCAGUGCUCAAAGAACUGUCCUGAUUGCCAGGGUUUGGCAGCAAUUCUAGGAUUUACAAAGGCUGUCAUCAAUAGUAUUAUUUAAUAUUUUUCUUUUGUAAUUGAAAAGAACUGAACUUCCUAUGGGAGAUACUACAUGUGCAAGUCAACAAAUUAAGUUAAAUGAAUGGUAAGUUAUUGCUGUUAAUAUAUAAAUAUAUAUAUAAAUAUAUUUUUUGCCAUUUGUGUUCAAAUGGUUUAGGGUUAAGGGAUGGAAAAUAUUUCCUCUUGGUAUAUGACCAGAAACAUUUUUGGGGUUAAGAAAGUCUGCCUUUUUUAUAGAUAUUUUUUAAGAUUUUAAAAGUGGCAUGAAAUUAAAAAGCAAAAUGCUUAAACAAAAUGGACUAUUUUGUUUUCUUUUUCCUUGACACAGUCAAGAAUGUCAUCAGUUUUGGAGCGUAUUAGAUUUAUUCUCACCAGUGUAAUGAUUAUGAAAAUGAUGGCUUUGGUAAUAACUUAUUUAUUACUCUGCUCUUUUUGUUGUCUAAUAGAUAUUUUUUUGUUUUGGACAGUGUAUGGCAUAUGAUAUUUGAGUAUAUUUUUGUCAUUGAUAGAACCUGAUUAUAAAAGGAAGAAUUUAUAUUCUUAAUCUGUUUUAUUUGUGCCUUUUUUUAUUUUAUUUUAUUUCUCUACAUUUUUUUUGAGGGAUGGAUGGGGCUUAAAUUAAGUUUUGAUAGUGUUUGGUAAAUGAGUAUGUGUUUUCUGAUGACUUGUUGCAUGGGAAAUAUUUGUCCUAUGCAUGUUGCAGUUUUCCCACCCUUAUACACCCGUCCCAUGAAUGUUUUCUCACUAUGCCCUUCUCAGUACUGGAACCUGGUGACACAACAGGUGUGAUUAGGACAGUGCAGGGAACUACUGAGACUAAAUGUUGAUGCAGAAUUUUGGGAUUUUGCAAAUAAUCACCUGGAACUACGUCUCUGAUUCCAAGUCCUUCUCUUUCUUCUCACAUCUCCCCAGCAAGGAAUCAUUCUGACUCUUCACAUUCUGACUCUAGUGUUCUGAACUUUGGGAUUUAAGUGAUCUUAAUGUAUAAACAAAAACUGAUAAUAAAUUACUGAAAAUGUAUAUAA